UAGAGAAAAUAAAAAUGUAAGCGGUGAGCAGAAAAUGAGUUAACAGGAGGCGAUUGAAAAGUGAUGCCAACUGUAAUGAUUUUGUGAAGAAAUCGUAUCUUGUUUGGUUGAAAGUCCGUUUAAUGGCACAUGGGAAGGGAAUGCUACAAUAUUUCGAGUGAGUUUGUUGAGGCAAAGAAAGGUGUGAUUUCUCCCUCCAUUCCCUUGACUCUCUAAUAUGGCACACCACAACCACUCCACAACUCUUCGAGUUUUCUGCGUCGGAACCCUCGACACCAAGCUCCACGAGCUCCGAUUCCUCUCCGAUUCACUUCGCUCCAACCUCCACCGCUUCUCCUCCUCCUCCUCCAAGGUAGAGGUGGUGGUGGUUGAUGUCUCCACUGGUUCGAAUGCGCCACAAAGUUUGCAAGAUUUCCCGUUUAUUUCCAGGAAUGACGUUGUCUCUUCCUACAACACUGGGACAAACGAACCCUUGCUUCUCCCGGAUGACAGGGGCAAGGCGGUUGCCGCGAUGAGCCAGGCAUUGGAGCAGUUCUUGAAGAAGUCUCAUGAGGAUCAAUGUCUUGUUGGUGUUAUUGGUGUUGGAGGGAGUGGGGGUACGUCACUGCUGUCGUCUCCCUUCACCUCUCUCCCGAUUGGGAUCCCCAAGGUCAUCGUCUCCACAGUGGCCAGCGGUCAAACUGAACCUUAUGUUGGAACCUCAGAUUUGGUUUUGUUCCCAUCUGUUGUGGACAUUGCAGGCAUCAACAGGGUUAGCAGACUGAUCUUGUCUAAUGCCGCGGCUGCAUUUGCUGGGAUGGUUGUUGGAAGGAUUCAGAGCUUAAAGGAUUCUUCUAGCGUUGAAGAUAAACCUACAGUUGGGAUAACUAUGUUUGGAGUUACUACUCCUUGUGUUAAUGCUGUCCAGGAUAGGUUGCAUAAAGAAGGUUAUGAGACCCUGGUUUUCCAUGCAACUGGGGUUGGUGGCAGGGCCAUGGAGAAUUUGGUUAGAGAGGGGUUUAUACAGGGUGUUUUUGACAUCACAACGACAGAGGUAGCAGACUACAUAGUUGGAGGUGUAAUGGCUUGUGAUAGUUCUCGUUUUGAUGCCAUCAUAGAAAAUAAAAUCCCGUUAGUUUUGAGUGUGGGGGCAUUAGACAUGGUGAACUUUGGAGCAAAAGAUACUAUACCAUCGAAAUUUCAGCAGAGAAAUAUAUAUGAACACAAUAAACAGGUUUCACUCAUGCGAACAACAGUAGAUGAGAACAAAAAAUUUGCUGAUUUCAUAGCAAAGAAACUGCAGACUUCAUCAUCUAAGAUUUGUGUGUGCCUUCCAGAGAAGGGCGUAUCUGCUUUAGAUGCACCUGGGAAGCCUUUCUAUGAUCCAGAUGCAACUGGUACUCUUCUUCGUGAAUUACAAAACCUUAUUGCAACUAAUGGUGAUAGACAGGUAAAGGUGUAUCCUCAUCAUAUUAAUGACCUUGAAUUUGCAAAUGCAUUGGUUGAUGCAUUUUUAGAGAUUAAUGAGAAAACUAGUACAGAUUCUACUCAACAACAAGUUGUCAAUCCUGAAUCUGUUGAACAAUUUAAUGAAGAUUAUGUUUCAAAUGCAUCAAGCUUUGGGACCAUCGUCUAUCCACCUAGUGAAUUCCCAGAAGCUAGAACAGAAACUUUGGAGAAAACACAGCUCAUAUUACAGCAACUGAAACAUCAAAUAGAUAAAGGAAUUCCUAUAAUAGGAGCUGGUGCAGGGACUGGUAUAUCUGCCAAGUUUGAAGAAGCUGGAGGGGUUGAUCUAAUAGUUUUGUACAACUCUGGGCGCUUCCGAAUGGCUGGAAGAGGUUCAUUAGCCGGAUUAUUACCUUUUGCUGAUGCUAAUGCUGUUGUUCUCGACAUGGCCAAUGAAGUUUUGCCAGUAUGCCAUUAAUUGUUUACUUGUUCUAGAAUACUUUAAAAGUAUUGUCCAACUGCUAACUUCUAUUGAAGUUCUUUUCCCUCAAAGUGUCUGAUUUUGCAGAUGCUUCUUAAGUCAAGCGUACACUAAUUUCAAAAUUCUUGUUUAAUAUAGCUGGUGAUAAGUGGAGAAACUAAACUAUGAAACGUCACAAAAUAUGAUUGGUAGUCUUUAAGGAAGAAAACUUUUCUUUUCCAAAAUAAUGCAUAUCACCAUGGGGUUUUGAACAGAUAAAAUAAAAUGAAGAGUGGGCUGUUCAGGGAAAAGGUCCAAUGGCUAAAUCAGAAAGCUAUUUGGGUUAGGGCCAUCACAACAGGGUAGUGAACCCUUAGGAGAUACUGAAUUCUGUUACUGUUAUCUUG